GAACACCCUCCUCUCUCUCUCUCUCCUUCAUCCCCUCGCUUCAACCCACUUCCAUCCUCAGAGUCCUUAAUUUCUUCUCCUUUUCGGCUGUGUAUGUGCUCAGUUUCAUAGCUAUAACGUGUAGGAGACGACCGAGAAAAAGACGAAGAGUGCAACUCCAAAGAGAGAAGAAGAGUCAGUAGAGACAACAACUACAGCUUGAGUUCAGGAAAUGGACGAGGAGUCACCAACCCACCGACCCACCUCCUCGCUCAUCCCACCUCUGCCACGCGACUCCCGUGGGUCCCUCGAAGUCUUUAACCCCAGCCAGCCCAAACCCCGCUCCUCCCCCUUUGCCACCUGGCAAUCUCGACCCGACCCACAGCUCUCGGCCCACCGGGCCCCACCUCCGCCCGCCGCCGCCAGCGCCGGCGACGACGACGACGAAGACAUCAUCCGCCCAUGGAUGGCCCUCCCCUCCACGUCGGCGGCGGCGCCGCUGCCUUAUCUGCCCUAUCCCAUCUCCAAGAAACCUCCCGCCGCCGCCGAGGACGUCGGAGCGGCGGCGCAGCGGGCUGCGGAGUGGGGCCUGGUGUUGAAGACGGACGAGGAGACGGGGCGGCCGCAGGGCGUCGAGGUGCGGAGGUCGGGCGACGAGGCCGGGGACAAGGGCCGUUCGCGGAGAGCCUCUGGGGGGAGCUCGUACCGGAGCUCGGAGGACUCGGAGGUGGCGGCGCGGGGCGGGUUCCCCCGGGUGUCGGAGGAGCUCCGGGAGGCGCUCUCCGCCUUCCAGCAGUCCUUUGUGGUGUCCGACGCGACAAAGUCCGACCACCCUGUCAUGUACGCCAGCGCCGGAUUCUUCCACAUGACCGGCUACCUCGCCAAAGAAGUCAUCGGUAGGAAUUGCCGAUUCCUACAAGGUUCGGGUACUGACCCUGAAGAGAUUGCAAGAUUAAGGGAAGCAUUGUCUGCCGGUACAAACUAUUGUGGUCGCAUAUUAAAUUACAAAAAGGAUGGCGCACCAUUUUGGAAUCUUUUGACAAUUGCACCCAUCAAAGAUGAGGCUGGAAACACUCUCAAGUUCAUUGGGAUGCAAGUGGAGGUUAGUAAAUACACAGAAGGAUCAAAGGAUAUAAUGGUGCGGCCCAAUGGUUUACCAGAGUCUUUGAUUCGAUAUGAUGCUAGGCAAAAAGAUAGGGCUCGCAGUUCAGUCUCUGACUUAGUGCUGGCCGUCAAGGAUCCACACUCACUUUCAGAAUCAAGAAGUUACCCUUUUAUGAGAAAAUCUGAAGGUGGUGGACAAACUGUGGUGUCAGAGGUUCCUGGAAAGAAGAGUUCAGAAAAUGCCACUGCUGCUAGGCGUAAUUCACGUAGUGGGAUGAGGAGUUCGAUGAACAAAAUUUGUGAACUUCCUGAAGUAGCAAAUAAAUCAAGAAAAUCAGGUCUAAAGUCCUUCAUGGGACUUAUUGGCUUUGGCCAUUUGAAUGUUGAAAAGCAUGAGCUGGAAGUUCCUAUUGAGGAGUCCCUAUUGAUGGAAAGCGAUGAUGAAAGGCCUGAGAGUUUCGAUGAUGAGGAAAGAAAAAAAGAGAUCAGAAGGGGCAUCGAUCUUGCUACAACCCUUGAACGCAUUGAAAAAAAUUUUGUCAUUACUGAUCCAAGACUGCCUGACAAUCCUAUUAUAUUCGCAUCAGACAGUUUCUUACAACUGACAGAAUACAGUCGUGAAGAAAUAUUGGGAAGAAACUGCAGGUUUCUCCAAGGCCCUGAAACUGAUGCAGCAACUGUGAGGAAAAUAAGAGAGGCUAUAGAUAACCAGAGAGACAUAACUGUGCAGUUGAUAAACUACACAAAAAGCGGUAAAAAGUUCUGGAAUCUCUUUCACUUGCAACCCAUGCGCGAUCAGAAGGGAGAAGUUCAAUAUUUUAUUGGGGUCCAGUUGGAUGGUAGUGAACAUGUUGAGCCGCUACAGAACUGUAUACCAGCAGAUACUGCCAAAGAAAGUUCGAAGCUGGUGAAAGAAACUGCAGAUAAUGUUGAUGAAGCUGUUAGAGAACUUCCAGAUGCUAAUUUGAAACCUGAGGAUUUAUGGUUUAACCAUUCAAAGUUGGUGCUGCCAAAGCCUCACAUGCGGAAUGAUACAUCGUGGAGAGCUAUCCAGAAAGUUGUAGAGAGUGGAGAAAAGAUUGGAUUGAAACAUUUUAGACCUGUUAAACCUUUGGGCUCUGGUGAUACUGGCAGCGUCCACUUGGUGGAAUUGUUAGGAACAGGAGAGUACUUUGCAAUGAAGGCUAUGGAUAAAAAUAUCAUGCUUAAUCGUAACAAGGUGCAUAGAGCUUGUGCAGAAAGAGAAAUUCUUGAUAUGCUCGAUCAUCCUUUCCUUCCUACAUUAUAUGCAUCUUUUCAGUCCAAGACACAUAUCUGUUUAAUAACUGAUUACUGCCCUGGUGGAGAACUUUUCCUACUACUAGACAGGCAACCUGAGAAAGUCCUCAAGGAGGAUGCUGUUAGGUUCUAUGCUGCAGAAGUUGUUGUAGCACUUGAAUACCUUCACUGUCAAGGUAUCAUAUACCGAGACCUAAAGCCGGAAAAUAUCUUGCUUCGGAGGGACGGACAUGUGUCUUUGACAGAUUUUGAUUUAUCAUGUUUGACAUCUUGCAAGCCACAGCUUUUGCUUCCAACAGUGGAGGACAAGAAAAAGCAGAUAAAAGAAAAGAUUUCUCCAAUUUUUGUAGCUGAACCAAUGCGUGCAUCAAAUUCAUUUGUUGGAACUGAAGAAUACAUUGCGCCGGAGAUUAUUAGUGGAGCUGGCCACACUAGUGCAGUUGAUUGGUGGGCACUAGGCAUUCUUCUUUACGAGAUGCUAUAUGGAUACACACCAUUUAGAGGAAAGACAAGGCAAAAGACAUUUGCUAAUAUUCUUCACAAGGACUUGAGAUUUCCUGCCAGUAUAUCGCAGGUAAGCCUUCCUGCAAAACAGUUGAUAUAUCGAUUGUUGCAUAGGGAUCCUAGAAACAGGUUGGGUUCAUGUCAUGGAGCUAAUGAAGUUAAGAAGCACCCAUUUUUCCGUGGCAUCAAUUGGGCCCUUGUGCGUUGCAUGAGCCCUCCCAAGCUUGACACACCACUAUUCGAUCCUAAAAUGGCAAAGGAGGCUGAAAUGGUAGAUACCGAACUGGUAGACGUUCAGACAGUCUUUUGAGUAGAGCAACUGCUUGGUCCUGCAGUAUUUUUGUGGCAUCUCAGUCGUAUGUGCAUGUCUCCAGCAACUAAAGCUGAUCCACCUUAUAAGCUGAUUCUAAUGCCAAGAUCUUCUUUUUCUGUUCCAAGAGGUUCUGCUUCCCUUGAAGGAUAUCCGAGACAUAAAAAGAGUAACUUUCAUGCUAGUGUAUGAGUUAUUUAUUUAUCACUGGCUCAGCCAUCGGUUUCUUAGAAUCUGAUUUGAAGUCUAUGGUUGUAUGUAAAUUAACGCAAUAACAAUUAGAUGCCAUGUAGUUAACAGCGAUAAUGCGCCACUUCCCGCAUGCCAGUUGAACUAAAUCGCUUGUAUAUAACAUGACACCACUGUACCAGUUUCA